AAGGUAACAGGUGUUUUCCUCCAACUAAUAUACACAUGGAGCAGUCCAGGAAAAGGAGACCGAAGAUGAACUUUGACAAAGUUUAAGGAACUUUUUUUUUGUGCAAGGGAAUAUUUUUCUAAGUGCCACGUGCUUCAUGUGGAACCUGUUCAGCGAGCGACUGUCAGGAAAAUAAUCAUGAAGAGGAACAAGCAGAUUAAUAUCAAGCGUGCCCUCGCUCUAGCUGGUGCCUUUAACUUCCUCCUGUCAUGUGCCAGAGGCUGCCUGCUUCCCUUUCUCACACUGUACUUCAGACAGCUGGGCCUGACCCCCACAGAGACAGGCAUCGUCAUGGGCACCAAGUACCUGAUAUGUCAAGUCUGGAGCCCAGUGGGAAGCCUGCUCUCUAAGCACUACAACAAGAGGCGAGUGGUGAUAAACGGCUGUCUGGUGGGCUCAGCAGCAGUCGCUCUGCUCCUGCCUUUUAUCCCACCUGUAAAUGUGAACACAAUGAACAGCACCUGUAACACAUCUGAACUGAAGGUCAGUCCAACAGAAAUAGUGGGCUUCAGUGGAGUCACGCAGCCAGCAAAUGGAAAAGACAGUGUUUCCCACUUUGGUGUCACUUUUCCUGUCAAAAAACAUCAUUAUAAAGCAGAAGAAAAAUCUGACACAAUGCCGCAAAAGAAGAUAACUGUGCAGGUCAGCAGCAGCACCGAAAAAACAAACACAAGCACUUCAUUUCACAUCUCCAAUCCUGUUCCAGCACGGAAUGAGAGGUCCAAAACCAAAGAUCUGCCAAAAGAAAAGAUGUCGCAAGGUGAGAAUGAAGGAAGUGGGUUUUUAGAUAGCCUAAAGGGGAUGGACAUUCAACACCAGCUCUUUUUCUUGAUUCUCAUUGCUGUGUCUGUGUGGGAGGUGGCCUCGGCCCCUUUGGACUGGACCAUGGAUGAUGGAUUGUAUGAGUAUCUAGAUUUUGCAGACGCUGCCGACCGCCACAGCAGUGCUGGGGUGUGGGGUUUGCUCGGCACGGCGUGUGGCGUUGGAGGAACGGGGUUGCUGGUCAGUCAGUUAAGUUGUCGGGUUGCUGCUGAGACGCCCAGGAGCGUUGUUCAUUUCUUCUGCUACGCUGGUCUGGCGGCUCUGACCCUUCCUGUGGUGUUUUUCCUCCCUCUCUACCUGAACAAGAAGCACGGCCGAGCCAACGGGCUCCUGAAAGCAGUGCAGCUGGUGCGUGGUUCACCCCGCGCUCUGCUCUGCGCCAUCACCACCCUGCUGGUCGGGAUGGGAACCUCGGCCGUGGACAACUUCCUCCUGUGGCAGAUGCAGGACCACAGGAGCACUGAGCUGCACAUGGGCUUCUCUCUGGCCCUCGGACUGCUCUCACAGUUGGCCUUCCCUCUGAUAGCUGGACGACUGUCUAAAGUCCUCAGCCCGGCACGGGUGCUCACAGUGGGGGCCGCCAGUCUCGGGGUCCAGUGCUUCUAUUACUCGUUUCUUUGGGGGCCGUGGGCUGUGCUGCCGGCCCAGGUGCUAAGCUGUUUCAGCGGCGGAGCCCUCUGGUGGGCGGUCCAGGUUCAGUGUGAUGAUGUAGCCACGCCUGGAGCUGAGAGGAGUGUGAGGAGGGUCUACACUGCACUCUCUCUGGAUCUGGGGAGAGGGCUGGGAAGCUUUACCGGAGGAUUUGUGGCUCAGAGGUUGGGACUGGUGUGGCUGUUCAGACUAGUUGCUUUGGGCCUGAUGGUGUGGUGUGUGUGUUUGCCUCUGCUCCAGUUUAAGGCCCCUCGCCAGCGCAGGAUUAACUACUCUCGGCUUUUGGCAGCUGAUGCGAGUGAAGCCAGUGACUCUGAGUCUGAACAGGAAAGAGACUGGCUCGAUAAAGCCAUGGAAGAUGGCAAAAGCAAUAACAACUAUGGAAGGAGGAUAAGCCACUGAGUGUGAAAUCACAGAGCACAGAGGGGAUUUAGUUUCAUAAAAUCAAAUCUCUGAAUAAUGAGAAUUAAAAUGGAAAUUGCAAUUAUCAUUCCCCUCCAGGUUUGGACUCCCACUUAGACACGCCACUCUUUAUCAUCAGGUAGCAUAAAAACCUAAACCAGAAGCAGGAUAAUUGAUUUCCUCCCCUGACAGGUUGAAUUAAAGUGACUUUUGACUUUAAUUACUGGAACUAUUACUUUACAAUUUAAUAUGUGUCCCAUCUGUCUCACCAUUUAUCCGUCUGCAGUGAAGGAUAGACUCAGAUUAGUGUCUGAGCCUCCUGAGUUUUUACAAUCGAAAAUUUGCAUAUGGCAUUCUUUUACAAUGCAAACAAGGUAACAGGAUAAGGCAGGUUAAACAGGACAGUAGUAACUGUAUCUUGCGAACACAAGGAGUGUGCAGAAGGUGAGUCCAAAACACACAGGCAUACUGCACAUACUCACCACACCCACUGUGACAGUUUAUCUCCAGUUAAAGUCACAACCCACUGUAUCCAGUUAUAGUCGUCUGCCUUUUUCUGACCUGAAACAUUUUAUUCAGUUGAUACAACAAAUGAACGAGCUCUGCACUUGCAAUCCAAUCUGUGUAACGCAGCCAUUGUUUCUGCAGGGAUGUGGCAUGUUUAGAGGGCAUCUGCAAAAUCUGUGCCAGAAAACAUUAGUCUAACCUGUAUUUCAGAGAGUUGCUAAUCAUACCUCAUGUCAGAUGAUUCACUUAGACCUGUAAGGUUCACUGAAGUGUACAAAAGUCAUCAUAUUUGGUUUCAUUGAAUAGAAGCAAAAUAUUUGACAAAAAAACAUGUGACUCGUUUUUUGGAGGGUAAUGUUAAAGCAUUAUAUUUUCUUCAUUUGUCAUGUUUAACUGCUGUCAAGUCAGUCAGAUUUUCAUUUACAUCGACUUAAAUCUUGGUUUUGUAUUAGGUCAGUGUUCACACAAUUAGAAAAUCUAAAGUGACAACAAAUCUAGACAGGCAGAAAAUGACUGCUCUGAUGCAUCGCAGGAAGACUCACAAAAGUAACAAGAAUUCAUAAAUCAAGAAGAAAACGGCUUCACUGAACUGUCUUGUAAUUUUUUUAUUUAUUUUUUUGUGAAUUUAUUAAUUCUUGUCUUACUUUUGAGUCGCCUUAUGAUGCCAUAAAUUAAAUCAAACCAUCAAAACCUUUAUUACACAGACACAUAUCACGUAUUCAUUUAUUGUCAUAUAUUUUUCCUUAAUGGAAUCAAACAAAAUCUAGUUUUUGUGGUGGAGUGGUGGUGGAUUACUGCAGUGUUUGUGAACUGGGUUCUGUAUUUGUGAAUCUUAAACCAGCUCCAGACCUACAUACUGUGAAGAGUAAACUAAUUAUCCUGGAAUAUUUGCUCUACUAGGCUACUAAAAACUGUUUUAGUAUCAGGACUGUUUGAUGACUGACCACCAGCUCCAGAAACACCACUGUUGGUUUUGUCUGUUUGUUAUAAAUAAUAACUACUCAUACUGCCACCUACUUGUCAUGCAGUGCAACAUGCAGCCAAAGUAAAUAUGUGAAUCCACUUAAUACUUGAACCUUUCUGCUUUAAACACACGGGUCUUUUAUUUUUUUUCGGGUCUUUUUUUUCCGUGUUGUACAGUUCUGGACAGUGUUUGAGUGAAUGACUGCGAUGUAGCAAACACACAGCUACCUUCUCCAAACAUCUGGCUGUGCCCUCCAGAGUACAACAGCAUGAAACCAAAUCAUCCCUGUAUGUCAUUAACAGCUGAACCCAGUCAGGUGCAGUCGAGAACUGAUGAUGGAAGAUUGAUUCUAUGAUGGAGGGGGCUGUUAUAGUGAUUAAAAAGUAAUACACUGUUCACUUGAAA